AGCGGCAAAAAAAAAGUUUGUGGAAAAAAUUUUCUUUACUCUUGUAGAUGCUAAUUGAAUAAACUUUAUUGUGUGACAAUUGUGCAAUGGAAACCAGUUUGGAUGAAAGCAUGGAUGCAGAUAGAGCUAGUCCAAGUCCGCAAGACUCCCAAUUAAAAACUUCUCCAGCUAUAAAUGGGAAACCUGCUGGCGGCGGUAUUGGUAGUCAAGACGGCAUAAACGGGGUGGCAAUUGCUAAUGAAAAAGCAAAAGCCAGUGAAGUGCAAUGGAGCAAGCCAUUCAAUGCAUUCAGCGGCCGUCCAAUGGGUGAGCACACGCAAAUGCAGCAGCAACUGCUGCAGCAGCAGCAACAACAACAGCAGCAGCAACAGCAGACAGCUCCGCAUAUAGCUAACAGUCAAUUACCGUCGGGUGUCAAUGGGGUGGCCCAGGCCCCAGAAAUUUGGGUAGAAACUAAAGCCGACGACGGCCGUUCAUAUUAUUAUCAUGCGGUAACUCGCGAGACAACUUGGACUCGACCGGAAGGUCCAAAUAUAAAGAUUAUGACACAAACUGAGGUCGAGGAGUUGGCCAAACGACAGUCAAAUGCCGUUGCCAAACCCGAAAAGAGUCUAGCAGAUCAUGCUGAUAUAUCAACUGGUGCAGCUGCUGUGCCUAGCCAUCCACAUUUAACUUCUCAACCACCGCCGCAUCUGUUGAACCAGCCACCGCCGAAUGCUGCGGCACCGUUGCUUAGCCAGCCUCCUCCGAAUGUGAGACAGCAACCGCCACCGAUGUUUCAGCAGCCACCUGGGAUGCAGCCGCCACCUGGAUUUGGUCAGCCAUCGCCGUUUUGUAUGCCUCCGCCUGCUUAUGGUUUCCCCGGUGCUGCACCAGCUGGGCCCUGGGGCGUGCCGCCGUGGCAGCAGCAGCAUAUGCAGCAUGCACCGCCCACAGCGUCGCAGGACAAGCCUGCUAAAAAUCUGAUCAUAAAGCCGGGCGUCAUUGACCCGGCAGUAAUUGCACGAGCAGCCGAGUGGUCUGAGCAUCGUGCGCCUGAUGGUCGGCCCUACUAUUAUCACGCAGCACGCGGCGAAAGUGUGUGGGAGAAACCGCAGGCGCUUCGCGAUAUGGAAGCGGCUCGCAUGGCAGCUCAUUCGGGUGCAGCUCCACAGACUCCGGUUGGACCUCCGGCUGGUAUGCCGCCUCAUUUGCUACCCAACCCGUUAAUGCAUAUGCCACCGGGUGCAGCACCAGGAUUUGAUCCGCAAAUGGCAUUUGCCGCCGCUGCAGCAGCCAUGAAGGCUAAUAGUGAAAAUAGCAAAGUUACUCAAGCGGCAGUGCUGGAGAAAGAGGCUAAGAAGGCGGCCGAGGAGAAACGCAAGAAAGACGAAGAGCAAAAAAAGCUCGCCGCUGCGGCUGCUACUGCAAAGCAAACCGACAAAUCCCGCCCGGUGACCAGCACUCCCAUUGCGGGCACACCAUGGUGUGUAGUUUGGACCGGCGACGCGCGUGUCUUCUUCUAUAAUCCAUCGACCCGCACUUCCGUUUGGGAUAGACCCGAAGACUUGAUGAAUCGCGAAGAUGUCGACAAGGCAGUAAAUGAACGACCCGAGCAAUUAAAAUCUGCUGAAGAGAAAUCAGCUGAAGCCGAUAAGAAACCUACCGAGAAUAUUUCGGCUCUGGAGAAGCUGAGCCAAGGACAACAGCAAACACAGCAACACCAACAGGUACACCGUGUAGAACCGGAUGAUGAUGAUGAUGAUGAGGUCAUCAAAAUUCGCACCGAAUCGGAGUCUAGUGUGGAGGAGGUACCCACAAAACGUGUGCGAACGUUUACAAAGACCAAAAAAAAUGAGGAUGCUGUGCUCGAGGCUGAGCAGCGUGCGGCUAAGGAGCGCGCAUUGGUGCCGCUGGAGACGCGUGUCACUCAGUUCAAGGAGAUGCUGCGCGAAAAGGAUGUUUCCGCAUUCAGCACCUGGGAGAAAGAGCUGCACAAGAUUGUGUUCGAUCCACGGUAUUUGCUGCUGACAUCGAAGGAACGCAAACAGGUAUUUGAAAAGUAUGUGAAGGAUCGGGCCGAGGAGGAGCGCAAGGAGAAACGCAAUAAGAUGCGACAGAAACGCGACGAUUUCCGUAAACUAAUGGAGGAAUGCAAGCUGCAUGGCAAGUCAUCGUUCUCGGAGUUUAGUCAGCGGAAUGCCAAGGAGGAACGAUAUCGUGCAAUAGAGAAGGUGCGAGAGCGAGAGAGCUUGUUCAAUGAGUACAUCGUCGAGGUGCGUCGCCGUGAGAAAGAGGAUAAACAGCUGAGGAAAGAGCAGAUACGCAAAGACUUUAUGGACAUGCUGCGGGAGCGUCAUGACAUUGAACGCCAUACGCGCUGGUAUGACAUCAAGAAGAAGUUUGAAUCGGAUUCGCGGUAUCGGGCAGUGGACUCCAUGUACCGAGAGGAGUAUUUUGAGGAAUACCUGCACAUAAUGAAGGAGGAGAAGCGCAGGGAUCGCGAGCUUCGGGAACAGCGCGAUAGGGAGCGCCAACGGGAACGGAAAUCAGACCGUCGGGACAAGGAUAAGGACAAAGACAAGAGUAGAAAAGACAGUCGCAGGGACCGCAGCCGUUCAAAGGACCGUGAUCGCAAAUCAUCACGAGACAGGGACGAAAAAGGCAAAGACCGCAAGACGCAGGAUACUCCGGAGGAGGGUGAGCAUGAUUCGGAGCAGGAGGAGCGUGCCGGCAGCGAGGAUAGCGAAUUGGCACGUCAGCGUGAAACCGAAGCAGAGCAGAAACUAAAGGAGCGGGAACGUAAGUUGCGAGCGGAGCAGAGCAUCAGGGAGCGCGAAAAGGAGGUACAUCGCACACUAGCCGGGCAUCUGCGCGAUCGUGAUAAGGAGAGGGAGCAUCAUAAGCGUGACGAGUGCAUUGGCCACUUCACGGCACUCUUAACUGAUCUGGUGCGCACACCCGAUUUCACCUGGAAAGAAGUGAAGCGUCAGCUACGUAAAGAUCAUCGCUGGGAAUUAAUUGAGACACUUGAUCGUGAUGAUCGUGAACGAAUCUUCAACGAGCAUAUUGACAAUCUGAUGAAAAAGAAACGCGAAAAAUUCCGCGAAAUGCUUGAUGAGAUUAGCUCACUUCAAUUGACUAGCACAUGGAAAGAAAUUAAGAAGCAAAUCAAGGACGAUCCGCGCUAUCUGAAAUAUAGUUCAGAUAAAGGUGAGCGCGAGUUUCGUGAUUAUAUUAAGGAUAAAACCAUGCAGGCCAAGACAGCCUUCCGCGAGCUAUUGCAGGAGUGUAAAUUUAUUACACACAAGAGCAGCGAUCUCAUCAAGGAGAAUCCCAAUCACCUCAAAGAAAUCCAGGACAUUCUCAAAAACGAUAAGCGCUACUUGGUGUUGGAUCAUUUGGAAGAAGAGCGCAGUAGUAUUCUUGCAGCUUUCUUGGAGGAAAUGAACAAACGUGGACCUCCACCGCCACCAACAGCUUCAGAGUCCACACGUCGGAAUAAGUAAUGCCACGAACAUACUAUUCAUUAUAAAGAACUCAAACCCCAUUUAUGUUAAGCAGUGAAAUAAUGUAGCACCUAAACCCAUAUUUUAAACCUUUUAAGUGCAUGCAAGAUUGUACUUUAUAAUAAAUGCAAACUGAAAACAA